AUGAUCACCUCGGCAGAUAUCAAGCAUGCUGCCAUCCGGUUCUUCUCAGAAAACCUAGAUUGUUCGGCUCUCGAUCCAGCUGAAGUAUGGGAGUUUCUGGACAAUGAAAAACGCAGAGAUCCCAAGAUGCUCGACAAUCGGGCUCUUGGUUUGAAGACGGCUCUGGAAACAAUCAAGAAACAACUGGGCCCCAGCAACAUCGAGACCGUGGGAGCGGACGAGUUCCGGUAUCAUGUUGUCCAGGUUUGGCUCGCUAGAGCUUUCUGCUACUUCGCGAGCCAAGUGGCUACAAAACUGGAGAACAGUCAGACUCUGACGCAACCCUACUGUGAGAUAUUCGAUUCUGCCAAAGAUUUGGUUUGGGGUCGCAACUCGGCACUCCUCGACUUCUGUUUGGAUGUGCAUUAUAUCGCCAAACAACCACUUUUCCAAGAGCAGGGCUGGGUAUGUCCAGAAGAGGACCUUGAAGAUCUUGCAAAGGCCCUGAAGACGCUCAGAUCGUAUACUUGGGAGAAGUUUGAAAAGACGUUUGAAAUCCCACAUGAUUCUGGUUCGACGUACUCUUUCGAUGUGGAUGGUGUUUCCGGAAUGUCCAACUGGGACAUCGAGACGGCGAUUGGACUUCUCUCAGCGGAGUGGUCAAAAAGACAAUCCACGUCCGAAAGAGGCAACCCAUCGGAGACCUCCAUGAGUAUGCAGGGGACCGAAGCUGAUGGUACGAAGUUUUACGAUGACACAACCACCGAAUUAAACACGUCAUCAGAAUCUGGCAAGAAGUAG